CCGUCUUUACUUCCUUUGUUGUGACAGUAGUAAACCCUCACAGUCUGGUAUCAUAGUCCAGUUUUGUGGGCUUUCCAGGUUGCCUAUUUUUUGGUCGUCUGUCAGAAAGUUAUUUUACUUUACACCGUGUGGUUUAAUCUCGUUAGACGGACUGAAACUCCAGAAUGUGCCACUGUAGUUUGAUUUGCUAACGUUAGCUUUAGCUGGUUGUAGUUAUCUUUAGCAGCAGAGUUGACUGACCUCCUUCUUCAUGGCGACAGAGAAACACAGCUCAAAGUCCAGCACAGAGUCCUAAUUCCGCAGGGCUGCUGACUCUCUCCAAAAUGUCUCAAUUUGAUGACUCUGAUGAUACCACUCCACUGCUGGGGGAUGACGCAUGCAGUGAUGACUCCCGGGAUGAGGAUUACAGAAGUCGAUGGAGGUCCAUCCGAGUCAUGUACUUCACCAUGUUUCUCAGCAGUGUAGGUUUUACAAUUGUCAUCACAUCACUCUGGCCUUAUUUGCAAAAGAUUGAUGAUAGUUCCACUGCCAGCUUUCUGGGAUGGGUGGUGGCAGCCUACAGUCUUGGUCAGAUGGUGGCCUCACCCAUUUUUGGUCUCUGGUCCAACCACCGGCCAAGGAGGGAGCCACUGGUGUGCUCCAUCUUCAUCAACCUGUCAGCCAACAUCUACUAUGCCUAUGCUUACCUGCCCCCACAUUACAACAAGUUCCACAUACUGAUAUCCAGAGCCUUUGUUGGUUUUGGAGCAGGUAAUGUUGCUGUGGUGAGGUCCUACGUCGCUGGAGCUACUUCCCUGAAGGAAAGGACUGGUGCCAUGGCAAAUAUGAGCGCCUGUCAGGCCCUGGGUUUCAUCUUGGGACCAGCUUUGCAGGCAUGCCUGUCAUUCAUUGGUGAGCAUGGAGUCACUGUCAAGCUCAUAGACCUGCAGCUCAACAUGUACACAGCUCCUGCGUUGCUGGCUGUGGUUUUUGGUCUCAUCAAUAUUCUGUUGGUUGUUUUCUUUUUGAGAGAGCACCGCGUUGAUGAGCAUGGAAGGCAUCUGCGAGCCAUUAACUACACAUCAGAAGAUGGAGAGUACCUCAGUGAAGAACAGGAGGAGAGAAUCGAUCAGGUUGCAGUCCUGACCUCCAACAUCCUCUUCUUCAGCGUCAUGUUCAUCUUUGCUGUCUUUGAGACAAUUGCCACCCCUCUGUCCAUGGACAUGUUCGCAUGGACAAGGAAGGAAGCCGUGUUGUACAACGGCAUCAUCAUCUGCUGCAUUGGAUUUGAAUCCAUAUUGGUGUUUUUAGUUGUGAAAGUGGCCGCUCAAAGAGUCGGGGAUCGUCCUGUUUUGCUUGCAGGCUUGGCAAUUAUAUUCUGUGGCUUCUUUGUUCUGCUUCCAUGGGGGAAUCACUACCCGAAAAUCCAGUGGGAAGACAUCAAAAACAACUCUUUGGUCAGUCAGAUGUCUGCCGCCACAGUUGUCUCCAACAGCUCUGUGGAGCCAACAGGAUGCCCGAUUGAACAGACCUGGUGUCAGUAUACACCAGCCAUCCAACUGGCUCAGUUCAUCUCAUCUGACGUCCUCAUUGGGAUCGGAUACCCUGCCUGCAACGUGAUGUCAUACACGCUGUAUUCCAAAAUACUUGGACCCAAACCCCAGGGUGUGUACAUGGGCUGGUUGACCGCCUCGGGCAGUGGGGCUCGGACAUUGGGCCCAGUCUUCGUCUCUCAAGUCUACACCCUGUAUGGACCCCGCUGGGCCUUCAGCCUCAUCUGUGGCCUGAUGGUGGGGUCAAUUAUCCUUCUCGCUGCUCUUUACCACAGACUCAUCGCCUUCUCUGUACGCCACGGAAGGACUGUGACUUAACAAGUGGAGCGUCCCUCUGCAGAGACUGAUUGUAAUUUCCUACUUAUGUUCUCAAGCCGAAAUCCAGGCUCCAAUGAAGGCUCUUUGUUGUAGUUACUUUUAACUGAUGGUAACUGAUGAGCUGCAAGAGUUUGUGUCUCAGGGUUUACCUUUGAACUCUAAGGUGGAGAGAUAAGGUCACGUUUUUACCCAGACUUGAUCAAAGAUGGUGGCCUCUUGAGUUUAAAGGGAGCUAGCUAGCUCACUUGUUGUGAAAGAAUCGAAGCACUGCAUUAUUAACAUGGGUCCAUCAUAUUAAACCAGUCAUAGCUUUAAUUCUACAAGUUACUUUACAUGGGUUACUGAAAGCGCAAGCAUAAUGUAAAUGUGUAAAUGGUGUCAAAGAUAUUUUUAUCAUAACAAUUUUAAAUACACAGACUAUUCAAGCAAAGCCUUACAUGAUGUUGCACAUGUUGGAUGUAUAGGAGCAACAGUGACCAAAUAAAGGGCACUUGUCAACAUAUGCUAAGAUAUAUUACUAUUAAGUUUUAUUAACAUAAACGGUGCUGACUACUGUUUGAUUCAUUGAAGUUAGUAUUCCAUGUUCCUGAAUGCACUGAUUUAACUCUUUAUAAUUUGUACUUUUACUGUAAAGUUGAUGGAAAGGUAACUCUUAAAAAGAAGCAAACAUCAUGGCAUAAAUGAAAAAGGUUGUCUUCUACAUGAAAUCAUUCAAAAGGUACUGUGUGAAUGUGUGGAUGAAAAUAAAUUGCUGAGUGAAAGAAA